AUGACAGCUGCGCGCGAAGAGAUGUUGUUCUCUUCGCCUGGCUGGUGGUCAGCAAGAUCUCAAGACCUCAAGACCUCAGGCAGGCGACCGACUGAACGCUGUGUUUGCGACGCAGCUAUCCCAUUUUCCCGUAAGUUCCUGAACUAUUGGUGUGCUCGAUUGCAGCUGCAUCCCCGCAGCGCACGUGGUGGAAAUCGUUCCAGGCCAUCGGCCUCCCAAACCAGCAAUGACCCAACAUCGCGAGCGUUGGCGCUGCCGACUGCGUCGUCAUCUCAGCAGGCGAUCAUUGACGGGGAGGGCGAGCUAGCUGUAACCGAUGAAUUGAAGGCGUUUGAUGGCAUUUUGGCCACGGACUUUCCACUGCGUGAGGAGGGUGUGAUUACCACUCCAAACGCGACUUACAUACCCGAGUUCCCAGUCAUACAUGAUGGGCAAAUUGUCACAAGGCAGGAUGGCCGAUGGGGGCCUCAAGAAUACUCGAGGUGGCUGCAGAUGUAUGACCGCAAGGUUAUCCACCACAUGUGCAUCCCGACUUUGCAGAGCGUGGUGGAGGCAGAUGCAAUGGUGCUGUGGGAUAAGAUACGGGUAUGGAAAUGGGAGGUAGACACCACAUGCAGCAUGCCCGAGCUGGGCUUCCUGGUGGAGGACAAGCUCAAAGCACUCACCGAGACGGCCCUGCGUGUGACACACAGAUUCAAACACAAGCUUGGCGAUAUGGUCUCAGAGAAGAACAAAGUCGGCAUGCAGCUCCUGCUGAUGCUCGCGCAAUGCCUUGACCGUCUCCACCUCUUACUGACCUCUUGCAAUCACGUGAUUGCGCUGAGCGCACAUGUGCAACACCUCACCCUCGAGUUGUGGAGGUACGUGAACUACUACUCAGUUGUCGUCGGUCACCUCGAGACCCUGACUCUGCACGGGAGUGUGAAUUGGGAUGUAUUACCGGUCCGUGGUGCAUUCACGAAUGAUGCGAGUGUCGCGCAAUCAAUGUUUCGCGUCGGCGUGCCAUUUUGGUUCAUCCAGAUGAAGACCGACAAGACGAGGAUCAAGAAGUGGGCAUUCCCUGUGCCUAUCAGCAACAAGCUAAGCCUCGAAAUGUCAUGGCCACACCUUCUCAGGAAUGAGACCGAUCUCACAGGGAUCUUGAACUGCCCGGGAGAUUGGCCCUUGAGGAUGCUGCACGAGGCUACCAAUGCCAUCUGUGAUGCGUGCCUGCCACCUUUGGAAGGCACAUCUGAAAGCUCAAGUGCUGAGCAGCCCUCACAGAAGAAGCAAAAGGACGACAAGCAGCUGUCCGUUUAG